CCAGCAACCAUGGGCAAUAUGGCGCUGCACACAGGAUGAAUUAAGAUGUCAGUUACGCUGCACACGGACCUAGGUGACAUAAAGAUCGAACUGUUCUGUGAAGCAUGUCCGAAGACUGCCGAGAAUUUCUUGGCACUUUGUGCUUCUGACUACUACAAUGGCUGCCUCUUCCACCGAAACAUCAAGGGCUUCAUGGUACAGACAGGUGACCCUACAGGUACGGGAAAAGGAGGUGAAAGCAUCUGGGGCGAAAAGUUUCCCGACGAGAUUCACGAUGAGCUGAAGCACAGUGUGCGUGGAGUGGUCUCCAUGGCAAACAAUGGGCCCAACACAAAUGCGUCACAGUUCUUCAUCACCUAUGCCAAGCAGCCUCAUUUGGACCUCAAGUACACCGUCUUUGGAAAGGUCAUUGACGGCAUGGACACACUUGAAGAGCUCGAAAAGGCGCCUGUGAACCCAAAGUAUCGGCCUCUUCGGGAUAUCAAGUUGAAUUCUGUAACUAUUCAUGCUAACCCGUUUGCACAGUAGG